AUGGCUUAUGUCUUUCAGACAGCUAUAUUAACUGCAAUACAUCUUUAUUGUGGAAAUGCGCCAAAGGUCAUGAAUGGAUGGCCCCUUUUCAUAGAAUUAAAAAUGCUAAAAAAUGGUGUCCGCAUUGCUCAAAAAGUAAAUCUUACACUUCUUGAUGAUGCUAAACGAGUUGCGAAUAAUAAAAAUGGAGAAUGCCUUUCAGAAAAAUAUAUUAAUAGUAUAUUACCACUACGGUGGAGAUGCGCUGAAGGACAUGAAUGGUAUUCAGCACUUAGAAACGUAAAAUAUUGUAAUACUUGGUGUCCAGAUUGCGCACAUACUAGACCUCUUACUCUUGAAGAAGCUAAACAAAUCGCACAUAGUAGGAAUGGUGAGUGUCUUUCUGAGAUAUUCAUUAAUAUUCGUUCGCCUUUAUUGUGGAAAUGUGCUAAGGGGCAUAAAUGGAGUGUUAGUCUUACAAGUAUAAAACAUUGUAAUAGUUGGUGCCCAUAUUGUGUGGGUACAAGAGGUCUUACUCUUGAAGAAGCUAAGCAUAUAGCUCAUAGCAGAAAUGGGGAAUGUCUUUCUGAGGUAUUUGUUAAUAUUCGUUCACCUUUAUUAUGGAAAUGUGCUAAAGGUCAUGAAUGGUAUUCAACACUUAAAAACAUUAAAAAUAGUAACUCUUGGUGUCCAUUUUGCCGUUUUUAUAAACGUGAAAAUUUAUGCCGUAGAAUUGUAACAAAAUAUCUUGGACCUCCUUCAGAAAAUCGUUGGCCCGAUUUCUUAAGAACACCAGAGCAUCCAAACGGAUUAGAACUUGAUAUUCCCUACUAUAAUUAUGGUUUCGCAAUUGAAGUACAAGGAGAACAACAUGCAAAAUAUCAUGAAUUCUUUCAUAAAAAAAAUCCCAAUAAUUUUAUCAAACAGCAAGAACGGGAUCAACUCAAGGUAGAAUUAUGUGAAGAAAAUUGGAUUGUUUUAAGAUACGUUUGGUAUUACGAAGAUCCGAGAAUUGGGUCUUAUUGA